ACAACGAUGCGUUCUAUCAUCCUUUCUUUGGCGCUGUCCAUAGCCUUCGCUAGUCAGACCAUGGCUUUUACCUACUGGGUUGACGACAAGAGCUGUACUGGCGAUCGUUCCCUGACUGAAGCUCUAAAAGAAACGAAGCUUAUGGGGGAGAAGGCUUCCGAGCGGCUGAAGUCCAGCAGUGAUGCAGAUUAUCAACACGUCUACGAGUUUCUUAUGAAGAGAAAGAAGUCUGACAAGGCUGAACUCGAUAAAAUUGAGGGGAAGAUGACAGAGGUGAAAGACCGGAAUACUGCAAACAUCCGUAUCUAUUGCGAUGACGAAAAGCGAUGGAAACCACGUGUUGACCCGAAAACGGGGCAAAACACUGGAGGUUGGGAGGAUCCAGAGAACUGGAUGCAAUAUUCAGGGAGAUUUGAAUGGAGCCAACCUGGAUGUCAUGAUAAAAGAUGGGGGGAACUAUACACAUAUGCGCAGACCUACAAGACCUACAUGAACGGCGAACCAUCUCAGAAGCAGGCAGAUGUGCGAGCUACAGUUACAAUAUGCGAAUUGGGGCUGUUCACUGAGAACAAAAAGCCAAGGAGGGUGUUGAGCCAACUUCAAAAGGAUCUCGACCUUACUAAGCCUCCUGCUGGCAUCGAAGUCCUCGCACUUCACCCAAGCAAAACAAUUCUUCACGAACUCUCGCACUUUCACGGAUACGACACGAUUGACAAUGGGUACUUUAUCAGUAACCCUAAGGCUAAUCCGAAUAUCCGUUCACUCGACGCUGGUGAGCUGAUGAAAAAUGCUGACGUGCGCGCCUAUCUUGGACAAUUAGCUAUCCUAGCUGAUCGUGGAUAUACCUUCCAACGAACUCCCCUUGAAAGUGCGUCGAAGGAGGAGAAGGCCGACUUCAGCAAGAAUAUGGAGAUUGGGAAGUUGUUCUUAUACCCAAAUCUGACCAAGAGAGGCCUUAGAAAUAUUGGAAGGCUUGCAAGGAGGUAUAAUAAAGCCUAA